GAAGUCUUCGCAGAUUGCGGUUUAUUUUGUUUCCGCACCGUCUCGUUCGGUAAUUUUCAUCGUCCCAGCAAUGGCUUCAUCCGAAACUGGGGGCGUUAAGCCGAUGUCCAUCACGGGCCGUAUGGUCCGUGAGCGGGAGCGGCUGUUGGGCAUGAGCAAAGAGGAACGUGCCUGGAGAGCGCAAUGGCUGAAGGAUCAGCAACUGUCCCCGAACGAACCCAAGUACGUGCCCGAAUACUGGAAGGAACGAUACAAUCCGAUUCGCCGUGCAUACCGUGCCCCGCUGAACAUGGUCCAGAACGUCCUCACGCCGGUUAUUGGUCUUGAAUGGGCUCACGCUGUUCGUUUCUGGACGGGUAAAAUUGCACUGGGUGCUUUCGUUGUUCUAUCGACUGCCUACUAUUUCAAGUAUAACCAGAAUGAUUGGACCCGCAAGGGUGGCUGGCGGGUGAUUCACUCGCGUGAAGCGGUGGUGCCCGGAGAUCCAGGCUAUCCUAACUUCCCGAAGCGCGAUACUCCGGCAGAUUACGCCGCCAGAGGCUUCAAGCAGGCGCCUAUCUAA